AUGAAGCUAACAAUUUCUCUUAAGACCGCAGUAACUGUGCUCGCAGUCGCCAGCACUGCUGACGCUCUUUCCAUCCCCAACUUGAACAACUAUGUUAGCGGAAUUCAACAGACAUUUGACUUCCAGCUUGACAGAGUGAUGAAUACCUUGGAUGUUGGAAAGAACCAGGUAGUUUCUUCCAUUGCUCAAUACCUUAACCAGCCAUUGGAAUCCAUCCCAUACGAUGCUAAGAAGACUUGGCUGGAACUCUUGAUGGAAUUCCCAGAUGCUGUGUCUAAGUUGAACUUCAAGUCGCUCCCAAAGAAGGCCAAGGCCGUUGCUUCAAAGUUCGACUUCCACAUGACCGAUGCUAAGCACCCUAACCAUAAGUUGAGAGGUAAGUCCACUCCAACUGAUCUUGGGGUUGACAGCGUUAAGCAAUACACCGGUUACUUAGAUGUUGAGGACGAAGACAAGCACUUCUUCUACUGGUUUUUCGAAUCCAGAAACGACCCAAAGAAUGACCCAGUUAUUCUUUGGUUAAAUGGUGGUCCAGGAUGUUCUUCCUUGACUGGUUUAUUCUUUGAAUUGGGUUCAUCUUCCAUUGGACCAGGCUUGAAGCCAAUCUAUAACCCAUACUCCUGGAACAGCAACGCAUCGGUUAUUUACUUAGAUCAACCAGUUAACGUUGGUUACUCUUACUCUUCUGAAUCUGUUAGCAAUACCAUUGCCGCCGGUAAGGAUGUUUAUGCCUUUUUAGAAUUGUUCUUCAAGCAAUUCCCACAAUACAACAAGAAGCAAAAGUUCCACAUUGCUGGUGAAUCUUACGCCGGUCACUACAUUCCUGUUUUCGCAAGCGAAAUCUUGAGCCACCCAGACCGUUCAUUCGACUUGUCCUCUGUGUUGAUUGGUAACGGUUUAACUGAUCCAUUGACCCAAUACAAGUAUUACGAGCCAAUGGCUUGUGGAUUGGGUGGAGAACCAUCAGUAUUGGAGCCAGAAGAAUGUGAAUCCAUGCUUGACGCCGUUCCAAGAUGUUUAUCAUUGAUUGAAGGAUGUUACGAAACCGGCUCAGUAUGGUCUUGUGUUCCAGCUACUAUCUACUGUAACAACGCCGAAAUGGGACCUUACCAAAAGACCGGUAAAAAUGUCUACGAUAUCAGAAAAGAGUGCAAAGGCGGGAACUUAUGCUACGAGGACUUGCAAUACAUAGAUGACUACUUGAACCAAGCUGAAGUCCAAGAGAAGUUGGGUGCUGAAGUUGAAGAAUACCAAUCAUGUAACUUCGAUGUCAACAGAAAUUUCAUGUUUGCCGGUGACUGGAUGAAACCAUACCACAAGGCAGUUAUUGAAUUGUUAGAAAAGGAUUUACCAAUUUUGAUUUACGCUGGUGACAAGGACUUUAUUUGUAACUGGUUAGGUAACCAAGCUUGGGCUGAUGAAUUGCCAUGGUCUGGACACGAUGAAUUCGCCAAGCAACCAAUCAGAGAUUGGAGUGUUGACAAGAAGCCAGCUGGAGAAGUCAAGAACUACGAUAAGUUCACCUUCUUGAGAGUCUUUGGUGCAGGACACAUGGUUCCAUACGAUCAACCUAAGAAUUCCUUAGACAUGGUCAACAGAUGGGUCAGUGGUGACUACCACUUUAAAUAG